AUGUGCUUUAUUAAUGGAAUGACCUCAAUCCUUGCUGGAUUUGCUAUUUUCUCAAUCCUGGGAUUUAUGUCGACGGUGGCUGCUAAACCUAUAGCAGAGAUUGUUAAACCUGGUGUUGGUCUUGCCUUUCUAGCUUACCCAGAAGUGGCAAGCAACUUGCCUUUGAAACAACUAUGGGCAUUUCUCUUCUUUCUAAUGAUUACAAUUCUAGGCCUGGACAGCCAAGUGUGUAUGCUCGAAGGUUUAUUUACUGCAUUAGAAGACACAUUCCCUACCCUUUUACGAAAAUACAAAAAAAUCUCCCUAUUACUUACUUGCCUUUUCUUUUUUAUAAUUGGAAUUCCUAUGGUCACAUAUGCCGGUGCUCACUGGCUUACGUUGGUAGAUGCAUAUGGGGCUUCUGGCAUUGCUCUACUUUUUGUAGUUUUCUUUGAGGUGGUUGGACUUGCUUGGGGAUUUGGUACUCAUCGUGUCCGAAAAGCCCUAAAAGAAAUGGUUGGCUUUUAUCCACUAUCUUGCUUCAAUAUUCUAUGGAAGUAUACUGCUCCGCUUAGUGCUCUGAUCCUCUUUGUUUGUUGUCUUGUAAUGUACGAACCUUUGCGUUACCCUACUGGAAAGAAUUAUCCUUAUUGGGCAGAAGCUUUUGGCUUUUGCCUUUCUGCGUGUUCCAUGGUUGUUAUUCCUGGCUAUGCUCUUUAUUAUAUUUUCCAUAGAGGGGAUAAUCUGACACCUUUAGAGAGGUUUCGCCGUGGAAUCCACCCUCCCAAUGAACUGGAGAUUACAGCCCAUAGGAGCGGUCAUAACGACGAGGAACUCGAAUUUAUAGAUAAGCCUCGAACGCCGAAGGGCGUCUCGAGUGUUGGCGUUUAA